AUGAACACUGAGGGAGAGGUGGGUGCCCCUGGCGGGAACUCGAAGCCGCUGUGUGGGCUCGGGGCGGCGCCCUCGCCCCUCAGGAUCCCUCAGGCGCUGAGGCGGGAACUCGAAGCCGCUGUGUGGGCCCGGGGCGGCGCCCUCGCCCCUCAGGAUCCCUCAGGCGCUGAGGCGGGAACUCGAAGCCGCUGUGUGCGCCCGGGGCGGCGCCCUCGCCCCUCAGGUGCCCUCAGUCGCGGCGGCGGGAACUCGAAGCCGCUGUGUGGGCCCGGGGCGGCGCCCUCGCCCCUCAGGAUCCCUCAGGCGCUGAGGCGGGAACUCGAAGCCGCUGUGUGGGCCCGGGGCGGCGCCCUCGCCCCUCAGGUGCCCUCAGGUGCCCUCAGCCCCGGCGGCGGUGGGAUCUCGAAGCCGCUGUUUCCGCCGCUCUCGGCGAGGCGGGGGUCCCAUGCGCGGGCCCGGAGGCGCCCUCGGGCAGCCCCUGGGGUGAGACAGAGGAGGAAUGGACGACUGCCCUCACGAGUCUUCACGGUGUUUUGGUUUGCGGGCGGAAGAGAUGAGAAGCCGUGGGACGACGAGGCAAGAGCGAGCUGGAGGAGCGGCGUCUUCGAGCUCAAGAGUGGAACGGCGAGGCAAGAGCGAGCUGGAGGAGCGGCGUCUUCGAGCUCAAGAGUGGAACGGCGAGGCAAGAGCGAGCUGGAGGAGCGGCGUCUUCGAGCUCAAGAGUGGAACGGCGAGGCAAGAGCGAGCUGGAGGAGCGGCGUCUUCGAGCUCAAGAGUGGAACGGCGAGGCAAGAGCCAGCUUCAGCAUUGGCAGCUUCCAGCUCAGGAUUGGAACAGCGAGAAGCCGUGGGACGACGAGGCAAGAGCGAGCUGGAGGAGCGGCGUCUUCGAGCUCAAGAGUGGAACGGCGAGGCAAGAGCCAGCUUCAGCAUUGGCAGCUUCCAGCUCAGGAUUGGAACAGCGAGGCACAGGGUCUGGAGCUUCUCAGGCCUGAGCGUGUCAUGGUCCAUUGGCAGAAGGCGUGGGACGACGAGGCAAGAGCGGCAGCGUCUUCGAGCUCAAGAGUGGAACGGCGAGGCAAGAGCCAGCUUGGAGCUGAAGAGGGGCCACGAGGGGCCCUCUGGGCAAAGGGCUUUUCCAGGCCAGGGCACCUUCAGGGUGCCGCGGCUGGCUUUGCACUGGGCGCCCUCCCUGUCUGCAGGGCUGGGUCUUUGCUGUGCUUGGCCUUUUGCCGUCGUGCUCCUUUGGCUGCCCGGAGAGAGGGGCAACGCUCGUGACCCCCUGUACUCGGGGCGCGUCACAGCCCACGUCCCAGUGCCAGCCCUGAAGCGCCUCAGCGCGUCGAGGCCCCUGCGGCCUCCUUGGAGUGCACGGGCAGGCUCUGAUGCUUUCCUCUCCCGCUCAGUUUUAGGAAUGGCUCCCUAG